AUGGCGAGCCCGAGCUCUCAAGGCAGCGGGAAGGAUUUCUUUGAGGAUAAAUUAGAUGAACAAAGUGUGAUUCUCACGUUGGUUCCAUUUAAUGAGGAAUGUAAUGAACACCAAAUGGAACCAAGUGUUUCUUCAACCUCAGAAGGCAAAUUGACGACUCCUAGGACAAACAAUAAAGUUAAUCUUCCUCAAACAAAUGGACAAUUCCAAGAUCGCCCCAAACCAAUCCUUCCCUUGCCGACCACUCUGCCAUCAGUUCAUAAAGUGCGUUUCGACACUUUGCAGAACUGGUGCCAACAACUGAAUCUGAGCACUGAUGGCAAGAAAAUGGAUGUUUAUCUGAGGCUCAAGGAACAUGCUUAUUCUGAAGAAAAACAAAGUAUUGCUGAAACACCACAGGAGGCCACACUGCAGUCAUGUUCUGGGAAAUGCAAGAGAGCAAGGAGUGAGAAAAGUCAGAAGAGUAAGAAGAGACAGGAAUGGACCAAUAUAGUUGAAGUGACCAAUACAGUUGAAGUGACAACUUCAGCUCAGGAGGCCAUGUUGGCAGCGUGGUCAAGAAUUGCUGCAAGAGCCGUGCAACCUAAGGCUGCGAAUUCCUGUUCCAUUCCUAUUUCUGCUGAGAAUUUUCUGCUGCAAACAUCUGGUGUCAGGUGGUGUGUGGUCCAUGGCAGACCUCUCUUGGCAGACAAAAUGGGUUGGGUUCGCCUGCAGUUCCGUGCAGGUCAUGCCUGGGUGCCUGACACUCCCACGAAGAUGAUCUCUCUCUUACUGUUACCAGCCUGCACUUUCCCAUCUCCAGACCUAGAAGAUAAUAUGUUAUGCCCUGAAUGUGUUAAGAGGAAUAAAAGGAUGAUGGAAAGAUUAGUUAAAGUGAGGAAGAAAAAGCAACCUGGUUUGGAUACUCUCAAUAAAGAAUAAAUGGUGGAGAGCUCACAGCUCAAUUAACUUGUAUCUUGAUGAUUGCUGAUUUGGACAUUCUCAGUGUUGCCUGAUGCCUUGAAUACAGAUGUGAAUGUCGAUUCUGUACUUGAGAUUUGCCCAAAAAGUGACAGCCACUGCUGCUUCAGGUACUUAGCUAUAUAGAAUAUAAUUUGGCUUUGUUUUAAUAGAUUUUUUUUUAGCAGUUUUAGGCUUUCAGAAAAUUGAGC